UCCUGAUUUUUUAUUUUCGACAAGUGUGUAUAGUUAUAAUACAGAUAUUUUUCAUAAAAUGCUUCUUUGAAAAUAUUUUCAUAAAAGAUAUCUGAUUUAUUUAACAUAUAUUAUUAUUUAUAAAAUUAUUGUCUUUUUCAACAUAAAUCACUUUGAUGUCCUUGUAGGUGUAAAUGACCAAGUUGCAGUAUGUUUUGCCUGAGCAGUAUAACUGCCCUUGGAUUUGAUAAUAAUAUGGCCAGGUUUUUUUUAGAAACAAUAUCCCGUUACAUUGUUCUAAGUAAGGCACCGUUGUUACAUUUAUUUCAUGUUUUCUGCUAGCGUAUGGACAUUUCACUUCAAUUAUAGUUUCUUCGCCCAACACACCAUCAGGAGAUGGAGCAAGAUAUGGUCGCUUUUGGCUAAUGAAAAUGCCACAUGGCUCCACUAGCAAAUCAUAUAUAUUAACAUAUUUUGCUAGAGCAAUUUUUUAAUUUUGUUUCAAAAUUAAAAUUUUGGUCAUAUAGCUCUAAUCUGAAAAAAGUAAAAUAACACAUUAGUUGGUAGGUAAUGUGUGUAUUAAGAGCAAUUCUUUUUGCACAUGCUACAAAGAAUAAAGUUCCUAAGGUACACAAUUUAAUAUUAUUAUAAUAGCUACCGGAAACAGUUUGAGAGAAGUCUUCUAAGUUAAAAUAAAACAUCAACAUUGUACCUUUCGACAAAAUCCACUUUUUUUCCUCUUAAAGAUGCACCACGUUUUCUCAACUCCUCCUUCAAUUCUUUAACUAUUCAGUUGGAUACAUGUUGUAAAACUGUUUAGCACUACUUAGAAAGUAAUAAGAACCGUAUCAAAGUCACAAAAUGCCGAAAUAUCACGAACGCAAAACACACAAAAUGGCGGCUCUCUGUGACAAGGGAACAAGCUACGCUGGCGACAUCUGAGAAAAGCUUUAACCGGCCAACCCCUAGAAUUUCAUCACGAAAUUUCUGCUUAUAAGUUUUCUUUUUUUCGGCGUAGUGCCUUCGUCGUCGCUUCCACGAGCCGACAUUUUUAAUGAUAUGUAACGGACGUCACGUCAGCUGGCAUGCCCUGCCGCCAGCCAAGCCGCCAAGCCAUGUUAUAAGUUUAUUGCACUUGGCUGAAUUCAGACGUUAGAAUUCAGAAGCAAAUUUAGAAGCUUCUGGUUACACUAUUCUAAAUUCAGUUACUGAAUCAAUUGUCAGUUUAAACGCGACGAAGUAAGACGUGUCGUGUGCGUAAGAGGAUGGCCCCAGUAUUGUUAAACAACAAUUUUUUUGUUUUUGUUUUUAUGUUUUUUUUCAAUUUCUCAAAAUAAAAAGAAAUAAAAACAAGAAUAUCGGUGAAGAAAUAUUUAUUGCUGUGCGGAGUGUUAGCAAAUAUGAACAUUAUGAGUGAUUUAGAACCAGCAGACUUCAGAAAAUAUCUAUAAAUGGAUUCGAUCUCGUUUGACCUAAUAUUAAACCUUGUGACACCGUUUAUUCAAAAGCAGAGUACUAUCCUACGAUCGUCUAUUAUAUAUCUAUUACAUAUUUAAUUCUACGAUAGUAUAAGUCCAAAAGAAAGAUUGGUUGUAACAUUAAGAUUUCUUGCAACAGGAAAUUCGUAUACUUAAAGAUUUAAAAUUUAGUUCUUCAAUAUCCCAACCCCUGAACAAUAAUAAGACAAAUCAUGGGUGUGGGGCCGUGAACAAAACGAGAGUUUCGAACAACUGGAAAACCGUUAUGCGCCAAACCUACGCUAGCUUUGUAUGAUCCUAUGCUUUCUAUGGAAAUACAUACCGAUGAGUGUAUAUUAGGAAUUGCUAAUAUGCUAUUACAAAAACAAACUGACAACUCUACUUCUGAGGUUAUAAAAACUUCACAUUAAGGCCCUAUAAAAGUAUAGCCCAUAUGUCCGAUAGCGCUAGUAGUUCCGAUGAGCAGCUCGAAACUGAAGACCUUAUUGAUUUAUUAUUAUUAUUAUUAUUAUUUUUUAUUGCUUAGAUGGAUGGAUGAGCUCACAGCCCACCUGAUGUUAAGUGGUUACUGGAACCCAUAGACAUCUACAACGUAAAUGCGCCACCCACCUCGAGAUAUAAGUUCUAAGGUCUCAGUAUACUUACAACGGCUACCCCACUCUUCGAACCGAAACGCAUUACUGCUUCACGGCGGAAACAGGCGGGGUGGUGGUACCUACCCAUGCGGACUCCCAAGAGGUCCGACCACCAGUGAUUACGCAAAUUAUAAUUUUGCGGGUUUGAUUUUUAUUACACGAUGUUAUUCCUUCACCGUGGAAGUCAGUCGUGAACAUUUGUCGAGUACGUAUUUCAUUAGAAAAAUUGGUACCCGCCUGCGGGAUUCGAACACCGGUGCAUUGCUUCAUACGAAUGCACCGGACGUCUUAUCCUUUAGGCCACGACGACUUUUAGAGAGCUAAAUGUUUUUGUGUGUUCCCCAUUGCGGGAGCAAUUGUUGCAGGAUAGCCGAAUGUAACGGACGUGACGUCAGCUGUCAUGCCCUGCCGCCAGCUAAGCCGCCAAGCCAUGUUAACACUCCCCCUUCUGCGCCACUGCCGCUAGCCAAAGCCAACGAAGGGGGGAUAGUGUUAAUAAAACAAGCCAUGCCGGCCAUUUCUACCUGCUUUCUGCUUUCUUGCACAAAUAAAAGAACUUGUCGUUACGCUGCUGGUUUUUUUUGUCACAUCAUUUGCAACAGAUAAUUUUAAAAGUUAUAAGUACUAAUUAUAAUACAAUUAAUCCGAACAAUCUAGCCACUGUUUCAAAAUGAGCACUUUAAUGUAACGUUAUAAACUUACUUACUACUAUCCGCAACAUUACAAGGGUAACAUACAGUAAACAAAGAAUAUGCUAAAUGUAAUCAUCUCAAUUUUGUCAAAUAAUAGUUAUUUAUAAUCUAUUCCCCGUUCUGUGGGAAUUCCCCGGCCCAAGAGGUAGGUAAUGCUUGAAUAAUAACACAGUGCAGUUCGUUUCACGCAAUUAAUGGUGAAUCUUCUUUUCGGUGGUUAAUAUUAAAAGUAACUAGUUACCUUUACUAACAUUAACUGCAUUGUUCACCAUAGAUAAUAGUACCUACACUAUAUUUAAUGUUAGUUCACUUUGAUGUACAUACCUUGAAAUUAUGGCUUGAGAUGCCCUGUAUCAGUUAAUAUACUAUAUAUAGGUCUACGGGUAAUACUGAUCAAAAAACUGAAAGGACAAAUAGUGUUGUCUAUAAAUGUCUCUAAUUUAAUCUAUAAAAGGUCAUUUUAUUUCUCAUUCUAUUAUCUUAACUUCUUAUCACUUGUUUAUUCGAAACUUUAAAUAGGUAUUUAGUUAUCGCAAUACUUACGAAUUUAAGGAAGAUUUUUUUAACCCGACCAAUUUCACAUCUUAGUUCAUUGGAUUCGUUUGAAAUCAAAAUCGAAGUGGCAGUGCAAAUUUCAAACCACAUUCAUCAUUCUUCAACUACUUUCAACAUUACAUAGUGCAGAUGUACCUAAAAUAGUGCAGACAAGUUACUCUAUCGAAUAAUUAAAACGCUAUACAGUGUUACCCUUAUCUAGUAAAUAUCUUUUAUAUAUUGUGUACCGGACUGGUACAUAAUUAUAGGGAACUUAAAACUGGUAAAUUGUUUAUCUGUUACUCUAGUGAUUUAAAAUUGUAAAAAAGAUUAAAAAGAAGAAUAAGGGGAACAAUUAACUUACAAAGAAAUGGCUUCUGCAGAACUCACAAGUUUGGAUGAAGUAAUAUCAAAUUCAUUAAAGGGUAAAGAACUAGAAGAGUUUAAUAGAAUUCACUAUGGAAGAAUAGACCAAUGUGCUUUGUUUAUCAGUUCCGUUGCUGCCCAAAAAGCCGCUAGCAAUGGAUUUGAAAUAAAAGCUUAUGAUUUUCCUGCAAGAAAAGAAGAAUGCAGGAAACCUCGCAUUGUAAGAUUAGGCCUCAUACAACAUUCUAUUGCUAUCUCUACUGAUAACCCAAUUACUCAACAACGACUAGCUAUAUUCGAAAAGGUUCAAAAGAUCAUAUCUGCUGCAGCUGCAGAGCAAGUUAAUAUUCUUUGUUUACAAGAAGCUUGGAACAUGCCCUUUGCAUUUUGUACAAGAGAAAAGCAACCAUGGUGUGACUUUGCAGAACCUGUGUUGACUGGCCCUAGCACAGUUUUUUUAGCAGAGCUUGCAGUGAAGUAUGACAUGGUUAUCAUAUCUCCAAUUUUAGAACGAGAUGAUAUUCAUGGAGAUACUAUUUGGAAUACAGCAGUAGUUAUCAAUGAAUUUGGAAAGGUAAUAGGAAAACACCGUAAAAACCACAUUCCAAGGGUUGGAGAUUUCAAUGAAUCUACAUAUUAUUUUGAAGGUAAUACUGGUCAUCCAGUAUUUGAAACAAAAUAUGGUAAAGUUGCCAUCAAUAUUUGCUAUGGUCGUCACCAUCCACUAAACUGGCUAAUGUUUGGUAUCAAUGGUGCUGAAAUUGUAUUUAACCCAUCAGCAACAGUUUCAGGUUUAAGUGAACAUUUGUGGGCAGUUGAAGCUCGCAAUGCAGCUAUAGCCAACAGUUAUUAUACAUGUGCUAUAAACAGAGUAGGAACUGAAUCAUUCCCAAAUGAAUUUACAUCUGGAGAUGGAAAACCAGCACAUAAAGAUUUUGGACACUUCUAUGGUUCUAGCUAUGUGACAGCACCUGAUGGUAGCAGAACUCCAGGCCUGUCUCGAAUUAAGGAUGGUUUACUUAUUGCCCAAGUUGAUCUAAACUUGUGUCGCCAAAUUAAAGACAAGUGGGGAUUCACUAUGACUCAACGCCUUGACUUAUAUGCUCAAAGUCUAAAUGAAGCUAUAAAGCAUGAUUAUGUACCUCAAGUGGUACACAAGUAAUAAAGAUUCAAUUUACCAAUCAUGAAUCCUACAAUUUUAUUAUAGUGUUACUGAACAGAUCUGUUAAUAUUGUUAAUUCUGCUAAAUUUAAACUCUGUUUUAGUCUACUUUAAUUUUUAGACAUAAUUGGUGUUUCACUGCAUUACAGACUUUAAUAAAGAUUGUUAAUUGUUAGAAAAUGUUUUAUUAUAUGCAAUAGAUUAAAAUAAAACAAUAUUUUAUAAAACAUUGUGUAUCAAUGAGAAUAAUACAGAUGUGAGUUAUACAUAAAUAUAGGGAUUCAAUUGGGACACAUUUGAUAAAAAUAAAUAUGUAUUUCACAUUGUGUUGUCAACACCUGGGUUACUGUACUAUGUUUAUUGAAACUGAGGACCACAACAUGUGCUGAAUUCAUUUGAAAUUGCCUAAUUUGUUUAUUAUUAAUUACUACAAUAAUGCUUAGCUUGUCAUGUUGGCUGAGGUUGACAGAUAUAAAAACACAAUCUACUAUUAAAAAUUACCACAUGUACCCCAAACCAUUACUGUAAAAUUAGUUAAUCACUAAGCACUAAUUUUCUAUGCAGUCUUUGCACGGAUGGCAGCACGCUUGCCAGUCACAGCUUGGAAACCAGAUUUAAUGCUAGCCACUGAACAACGAGACCCACAUGUCUCACAUUGAAGGAAGAAUAAUCUAGUAUCUUUCUGUAAAAUUGUAUCAGGGGAGCGGCAUGUAUGACAUGUUACAUACUCUUUUAUAUACCGACGUAAAACAUUCUCUAUCUGUUUUUGUUGGAAGCGACCUUUGAUAAUUAGUUGACUGUUUCCAUCCACUGAACCACUAGUACCCAAUUCCGCCAGAAGAAAAUCCAACAAAUGCUUGGCCUGCCGAUGCAAAGUUUUACAAAUUUCCGUAAAAUUGGCAAAGGAGGUUUUCUUUGUACCAAUUCGGACUACUUGGGGUGGUCUCAUUAUGAACUUUUGCUUUUUACCAGAUACCAUGCUUGGGUUCUUUUCCCGCAUAAUAUCAAAAACUCGUUCUAGAAGUUCGUCAUAUGAGUAAUCAUGAUCACUUCCAACCCAUUCACCGUGCUCAUCUUCCACAUUUUCUUGAUCUUCUCCUCUGACAUCUUCUUCUGUGACCAGUUCAUCUACAUUUUUAUCCUUCUUCCUCUUUUUCUUUUUCGUCUUAGUGAAAUCUAUAUCCAAAUCUAGAUCAUCCAUUACUUCGUCUUCCUGCGCUUCCGGUUCUUCGGUUGGCGGUGUUUCAGGCAAGGCAUUUUCUAAUUCUCCGAGAUUGAAAAACGUCUUCUUCUUUUUCUUUUUCUUUUUGCCAAAAUUGUCUAAAUCGAGGUUAUCGUCUUCGGGCGCGUCGACGUCACCUGUAUCUGCGGGUGUCUCCAUACUCGUGCUCUCACCUUGCUCACCAGCAAGAGCAGCUUCUAAAUCAAAACCAGUCUUCUUUUUCUUUUUCUUCUUCAACGAAGGAUCAAAUAUCAUAUCGUCGUCCAUGUUUACUAAAAGGCGUUGUUCUCGUAAAGGAAACUAAAUUUUUGGUUAGAAUAUGAGACGAUUGAGCAGUAUUGUAGAAGGCUAAUGUCAAAA